AUGCUGUCAAAAUUCUCCUUGCAUUCGGACCCGGAUGAACUGCUUCAAAUACAGAGCUCACUUCCUACUCAUCCCAAAUACCUAUUCCUUCGUCAAGCUAUCAGAAUCGAGCUUGAUCGUCUCUUUCCAAGAGAUUUCAACGAGGAACAGUUUGCUGAAGCCUUAACUAUGUUCGUCAAAGCCACCGACACGUUCAGCGCUCCACCGAUUAUCGUCAGUGAAAAGCUUCUCUCCGGUGAGGAUCAGCAAGCGCCAGCUGUUGACGCUGAACUCAUAACCUUCGCACUGGAUACAUGCCAGGAAGGUGAAGUGGAGGAAACGAGGGCCAAACUGACCAACUUCCCAUCGAGUUGCUAUUCGGACACGAUGGCAAAACCUGUGGCAUUCGAAAUGGUUUCGCAAGCAGGAAUACUCUCCGCACUCUACGUGAUGAGAAGAAAUCGAGGAAAAGGCUUGGUCGAAUCGUCGAGCUAG